CGCACAGUGUCAUACUGCCCGGCCGAGUUCAUUGCCAUUGGAGCAUAUGAAAACUUGCAUUCGCCUUCGAUAUCGGUUGAAAAUCCUCAACUCUGAAGCGUCGCAAAUUCUCUCCAAGCUGUGAAGAAAGCACUGAUGGGAAGCGAUAGGAAGUCCAAGGAGAAGAAGAAGAAGCGAAGGGGUUAUUCUUCAGACUCUGAAGAUGAGAAGAAAAGCAAGAGACAGCGAACGGCAGAUGACGAGGAAAGAAAGGGAGAAAAGAAGGAGAAACGCAAGGAGAAGAAAUCUUAUGGGCAUUCGAAAGAUAGAUCUGACAAAGGGAAGAAGUCAAAAGAUAAGCACAAGACCAAGCACAGUAAAGGUGAUAGCCAUAUGGAGUUCCAAGAAUUGUCCAAGGAUGACUAUUUUUCUAAGAACAAUGAAUUUGCCACGUGGCUGAAAGAACAGAAGGAUGUGUUCUUCUCUGAUCUUUCAUCUGAGUCAGCGCGUGAGAUGUUCUUGGAUUUUGUCAAAGCUUGGAAUAAAGGAAAGCUUGAAUCCCGUUAUUAUGAAGGCAUUACAAGUGGUCCGCGGACAGCCCACAACUGGAAAAUCAAAGGGUAGCAGGAGAGAGAAGAGGGAUCUGUUCCUGGAGUUCAAUCUCUUGCCUUCUUAUAGUUAAAAUAUGUGUAGCUCUUGAAGUGAACCUGAUGGAGAGAAAUUACACCUCUUGAGGGGUAGAGCUGUCUUUAGAACUAGUCCUUUAUUUACUUUAGCUAUCCUUUCCGGCUGCUAGCUAGGCACUUAUGAAAUAUAGAUGUUGUUAGUAGAAAUGAAAUAUUUGAAUUAGUCUUUGGGAAUCCUUUGUUUGCUGCACAGGAUAUUGUUAAUUUUUUUUUUUUCAAAUUAUCAAAAAAAGGGCAAAAGCUUCAUAAGGA